CGUUGACACGCUGGUAUUUUGCGAGGGCCGACGCUAUAAUAGAACUAGCUGCAUCUUUCGAUCCCUUCUAAACCAUUUCCAUACCAUAAUAAACUUCCCAAAUCGUAUAUCCCAAAAUACCACGCUGGCCAAUUCUAGAGCUCACAUGUUCGUCGAUCUCCAUUCAUGGGACGAUUGUUGUUCAAAGGUGUUACAGCGUCGCCCAUAGAAUCACCUAUAUCUUAAUUGGAUUUACAGGUAUCUUUGUCGUCUGGAUUUAGAAUUGGAAGACACUUGUCCAGUCCUAGUGGUUGGUGGUUAAGUAGGCUUGCGCAAGCCGCCAUUUUUUGGCACGAUGCUUCUACGAUGGGUGACCUUCGGGUUACUCUUUAUCCUAGCGCAGCUUGCUCUCUGCGCCGAGGAUUUCUAUAAGAUCUUAGGAGUAAAUCGUGAUGCGACGGAAAAGCAAAUCAAGUCGGCAUACAAGCAACUAAGCAAGAAAUACCACCCAGACAAGAAUCCAGGUGACCCAACAGCCAAGGACAAAUUUGUCGAGGUCUCCGAAGCCUACGAAGCGCUAUCGGAUCCCGAGUCGCGGAAGAUAUACGACCAGUACGGACACGAAGGGCUGAAGCAGCGCGGCCAGGGCGGCGGGCACCACCACGACCCCUUCGACCUGUUCAGCCGCUUCUUCGGCGGUGGGGGCCACUACCAGCGGGGGCAGCCGCGCGGCCACGACGUGGAGGUUAAGGUCGGCAUCAGCCUGCGCGACUUCUACAACGGCCGCGAGACCGAGUUCCAGUGGGAGAAGCAGCAGAUCUGCGAAGAGUGCGACGGCACGGGGUCGUCCGACGGCCAGGUCGACACCUGCGGUCACUGCGCCGGUCGUGGUGUCCGUAUCAUCAAGCACCAGCUGGCGCCGGGCAUGUUCCAACAGAUCCAGACCACCUGCGACGCCUGCGGCGGCCGUGGCAAGACAAUCAAGCACAAGUGUCCCGUCUGCGGCGGAAAUAGGGUUCUUCGCAAACAGACUACCGUGUCCUUGAAGGUCGAGCGCGGUGUUGCGCGCGAUGCUAAGAUCGUCUACGAGAACGAGGCCGACGCGAGCCCCGACUGGAUCGCCGGCGAUCUCGUCGUCACCUUAGUUGAGAAGGAGCCCGACUUCGAGGAGAACCCUGACCAUGUGGACGGGACCUUUUUCCGCCGCAAGGGCAACGACCUCUUCUGGCGCGAGGUCUUGUCUCUCCGGGAAGCCUGGAUGGGCGAUUGGACUCGCAAUAUCACGCAUUUGGACGGCCACGUCGUCAGGCUAGGGCGCAAGCGUGGGGAGGUCGUGCAGCCUGGACACGUCGAGACGGUCGAGGGCGAGGGAAUGCCAAUAUGGAGCGAGGAUGGGGACUCGGUGUAUCACCAAUACCAAUUUGGGAAGCUGUACGUCGAGUACGUCGUGAUACUGCCGGACCAGAUGGAAUCCGGAAUGGAAAAGGAGUUCUGGUCCGUGUGGCAGAAGUGGCGGGGGAAGCUCGGCAUCGACCUGCAGAAGGACAGCGGCAGGCCAGAAGUGCCCGGUCCCGCGGCUCAGGAGGGAAAAGAUGAGUUGUAAUGGUCGUAAUGAUACCUGAUCCUAUAUUAUAGAUAUAGAGGCGCAAUAGAUGUGUGCAAUGUACGAACGAUAGAGCUUUCGCACGGUGUGUGAUAUAUGGUACGCUGACCAAUGAGGAUUUGGAGAUAUUCGCACAAGUUACAUUUCUAUAAAGUUAGACUAGGGGUCCCAAUCAUCUCUAACUGAACUAAAGCUGAAUCUGGGUAUAAGCUGAUUU